AGUGCGUCUUAAGCCAUCGUUAAGUGAUUAUUAUAAGUUCGUCGUUUUCACGUUCGUUUGAGAUUAGUGUUGUUUGUGUUCUGUGAUAUGUCCGGAAUAUGGCCACCGGUCAUCCCUACGGGUGUUGACACUGUAACAUGGCUACCCUAGGCCUAUCGAAAGUCUUCAUUUUAGACAAGUACUUCACGGAAUUGCAAAAGUUCUGGGAGACCGAGAAGAAGCUGCAAGAUGCAUCAUCCUCGAAUGAGGCUGUUCAUCUUCAGCAGCGCCUUCGAAGUCUAAGCACUGAACUUGUAACGCUAAGAAAUCGCCUCCAUGUCCAAGGAGGACAAUCGACCACCCUAAAAGGUGGAGGUGGAUCUGUUCCUUUAGUACCUGUUGCUGCAACUCCCCAACCUGUCGUUCCGCCGAGAUCUGCGCUUAAUGUACCUGCACCAUUGGGUACCGUAACACAGCAACAACGACCGCAAGCGCCCACUACAGGGUCUUCGUCCAACCUCGAGGAUCUAAUUCAUCUUCAUGGACCGCUUACCGAAGAUGCAGUCAUGAAAUGUUUACAGGCGCGAUUUCAAGCGUCCAACUUUUACACUAACGUGGGUCCAAUUUUACUCUGCGUGAACCCAUAUAGAGAUGUAGGAAAUCCUUUAACUUUGAGUAGCACGCGGGGUAUAGCGCUAAGUCCACAGCUAAAUAAAGUAGUACAGGAGGCAGUUCGGCAACAAUCUGAAACUGGAUACCCUCAAGCCAUAAUAUUAUCGGGAACCAGUGGUUCGGGUAAAAGUCAUGUUUCGAUGCUUCUUCUUCGUCAACUUUUUGCCGUGGCCGGUGGAGGACCAGAAACUGAUGCUUUCAAGCAUUUAGCAGCCGCCUUUACAGUAUUACGUUCUUUAGGUUCCGCUAAAACCAUAACCAAUUCGGAAUCGAGUAGAAUUGGACAAUUCAUCGAAGUACAAGUAACUGAUGGAGCUCUAUACCGAACAAAGAUCCAUUGUUAUUUUUUGGAUCAAACGCGAGUGAUAAGACCAUUACCAGGUGAAAAAAAUUACCACAUAUUUUACCAAAUGCUUGCCGGAUUAUCGACGGAAGAAAGAACCAAAUUAAAUUUAGAAGCUCAAACAAUAAAUACGUUGAGAUAUCUUCAGUACGGCGAUACGAGGCAAGAUGCAACUGAAGAUUCAAACAGGUUUCAGGCAUGGAAGAAUUGCUUAGGAAUUCUUGGUAUACCAUUCUUAGAUGUAGUACGAGUUCUUGCAGCGGUUCUCCUACUGGGAAAUGUGCAAUUCAUGGACAGUAAAGGACUGGACGUUGACGUUAAAGGCGAAGCCGAAUUGAAUGCUGUCGCAGGUCUACUGGGAGUAUCCGGUGGAGCUCUUUUCCGUGGUCUCACUUCCCGUACCCACAACGCUCGUGGCCAGCUGGUGAAAUCUGUGUGUGAUGCAAAUAUGUCUAGUAUGACGCGUGACUGUCUUGCUAAAGCUUUAUAUUGCCGUACUGUUGCUACCAUAGUUCGUAGAGCUAAUAGUCUUAAGAGAUUAGGAUCAACAUUAGGUACUUUAAGUUCUGAUUCGAAUGAAUCGGUACAUAAUCAAGCUGAAGUUACGAGUCAGCAUGCUUCCACUAUUGGAGGAAGUACUAACGCCGGAAGUAAAUCGAUGGCGGCUUUAAAUAAUGCUGUCAGACACGCGACCGAUGGAUUUAUCGGGAUUCUCGAUAUGUUUGGUUUCGAAGAUCCAAAACCCAGUCAAUUGGAACAUCUUUGUAUCAAUUUAUGUGCUGAAACGAUGCAACAUUUUUAUAAUACCCACAUAUUUAAAUCUAGUAUAGAAUCUUGCAGAGAUGAGGGAAUCAAUUGCGAAGUAGAGGUAGAUUAUGUCGACAAUGUACCCUGUAUCGAUUUAGUGUCGUCUUUAAGAACUGGAUUAUUAAGUAUGUUGGAUGUCGAGUGUUCAAUUAGAGGCACAGCUGAUUCUUACGUGUCUAAAAUCAAAGUACAACAUAAAAAUAAUUCUAGACUUUUUGAUCCUAAGCCGGUAGAUCCGCGUCUGUUUGGUAUACAACAUUUCGCAGGGAGAGUUGUAUAUGACGCCACAGACUUUCUAGAUACGAAUAAAGAUGUUAUUCCUGAUGACCUAGUUGCAGUAUUUUAUAAACACAGUUGUAAUUUUGGUUUCGCUACUCAUUUAUUCGGUAGUGAACUUAAAGCUUUAUAUUCAUCAGAAACAGUACCGAGAGGUGUUAGUUUCAGAAUAUCUCCAACAUCUCAUACGGAUAUUUUAAACGGCGACGAACCGGUUUCUACGUUAACUCAAGACUUUCACACUCGUUUGGACAAUUUAUUGAGAACAUUAGUACACGCUCGUCCACAUUUUGUUCGAUGCAUCUGUAGCAACUCUCAGGAAGCUGCUAAUAGAUUUGAAAGAGGAACAGUUGUACGACAAAUAAGAUCUUUGCAGGUACUAGAAACUGUUAAUCUUAUGGCAGGUGGAUAUCCUCACAGAAUGCGUUUUAAAGCGUUCAAUAUGAGAUACCGGUGUUUAGCACCUUUUGCUAAACUCAACAGAAGCGAUGACAAAGUUACAGAUGAUUGUCAUUUGAUUUUACAACAUGUAAUGGAUUCUAUAGGUAAACAGCAAAGUUUUGUUUCAACGAGUUAUGCUAUGGGAAAGAGACAUAUAUUUCUUAGCGAAGGUAUCAGACAGCAAUUGGAGAAGCUUAGAGCGAAGACGAGGACGAAAGCUGCAACGUUAAUACAAGCUUCAUGGAGGGGUUGGCAUUGCAGGUAUAGACUGUCGACUCUUCGAAGAGAAAAGAAUUUAAAUCCACCACCUGUAUCUAGAACCGCUAUAGGUGGCACAAGACCGAGACCUCAACCUAUCGCCGGAACUCCACCACCGGAUCCAAACGAAAAAUGUGAUGCAAAAAUUAUUCAGCAAACUUGUAAUUUAUUCGGAUUAGAUUUAGAAAGACCUCCACCUGUACCACCUAGUCGAUCGUAUACUGUCACGGGUAAUACCAAAUUGGGUUAUCCACAAACAAGAGUUAUGAAAAUGACUUAUCCUGAAGAUAAUAGCGGAGACGGUUCCGUAUUACUCAAAGGAGAGACUGUAUUAGUUGUAGGUGCUUCGCAUCGCAGAGGUCAUUUGAUCGUUGAACAUAAACAUUGUACGCUUCAUGUGCCGUUUCAAUUUUUAGAAUUAAAACAAAGUGUGAAUAUUUAAUCUUGCCAUCGUCUUCCACUGUUGAUUACCAACAGGUACUGAUAUUUGCCUCUAAGGUUUAUUUUUAGUUAUAAGGCGGAUGUAAAUUUCCCUACCUACAUGUACUGAACAGUAUUUUUUAUAUACGAAUUAAAAUAAAUUUUCCACCAUCCACUUUUGUUGUAAAAAGUACAUUCUCGGCCUAUGAUAAAGAGCAAUCAGUGAGUUAUUGAUAAGAAUCUAACUAAUGUACGAAUUAUUUUAGAAAAUUGAAUAUCACAGAGAUAAAAACAUUCUGAAAACAAAAUCAUGAUAAAGUUCUUUUACUUUUUUCGAGACAUGCUUCUAUUUUGGUCUCAGCCUAUUACCUAACACACGAAGGUGUAGCUUUCAUAUAAUCUCUUUGGUGGUCUGUCUUGAUUUUAUUGAUAAAAAUGUCUUCGGUUAUCCGAUUCUGAAAGAUUCUACCAACAUAAUCCCUCCAGUUUCUCUUUUUACCUUUGACCCAUCUGACAACAAUAUUUCACUCGAGAAAUUUGUCUUGUUAUUGCUCCAGGUUAUCCCGUAAGGUAUGCCUGUCCAUAAUAUUCUCAUCCCAGCAUAGUAAGAGUUUUAAAGUGCUUGUCUGGCUCAUCCAUCUUCUACUAUAAUAGGCUUUGUUAUGGUAGAUAAUAAAAUAAGAAUGAAAUAAGGUUAAAGUAGCGAUUAACUAAACAAGUCACGUUGAUAUCACUGAACUGAUAAUAAGUUGCUCUAUCAAAUGUCUUUCGGAAGAAACCUGUACUGAAAAAACUCCUCCCACCGCAAUGCUUAUCGGCUUCCAGUAGUAUAUACUCAAGGCAGUGACUGUUUUUUUAUUGUAAGUGAUAACGGAAUUGAGAAUUUGAGGUAUAAAAUCAACCUCAAACGUAUUAACAUGACUUCGCGUUGUCCAUUCGAGAAUUACAGUUAAUUAUGACUAUUUAGCCCGAAUGUUCAUAGAGCAUUUCACGCAUUUGAAACAUUCAAUACAAAUUUUAUUUUCUUUUCAAAAUAUACUGUUUCUUUAUUAUGCUAUUAUUUUAAGCAAUAUUAUAUUUUCAAGAUACUGUAUAUAUACAAAUAAUUCUUUGAUUACGUUAAGUAAUAUAUCUUGCCUACUGUAAAAA